CGGCUCGGCGCGGGAGCGCGCCGGCGGUGGCGGCGGCCACAGUUGGGGGGCGGGGAACUUUGGCUCAGGCGACGGUGGCGGCUUAGGCACCCGCGACUAGCAGUGCUGGAGUUUCCCAGUGCGGCUCGGCGCGCGGCCAGCUUUUCAGUUCGGAACGGAGCGCGUGGUGUUGCGGGCCCCGCCCGGAAAGUUUGCCGUGGAGCGGCGACCUCUUGGCCGGCGCGGCCCGGCAUGAAGCGGCGCUGAGGAGCCGCCGUCGCCGCCGCCGCCGCCGCCGCCUGAGGAGGAGACGCACCACCCCGGGCCACGCCGAUGACUACUGCAAACUGUGGCGCCCACGACGAGCUCGACUUCAAACUCGUCUUUGGCGAGGACGGGGCGCCGGCGCCGCCGCCCCCGGGCUCGCGGCCUGCAGAUCUUGAGCCUGAUGAUUGUGAAUCCAUUUACAUCUUUAAUGUAGAUCCACCUCCAUCUACUUUGAACUCAUCGCCUUGCUUACCACAUCAUGGAUUACCGUCUCACUCUUCUGUUUUGUCACCGUCCUUUCAGCUUCAAGGUCACAAAAAUUAUGAAGGAACUGGUGAUAUUGCCGAAUCUAAAUACAGCUCACUAGGUGGUCCCAAACCCUUUGAGUGCCCAAGUAUUCAAAUUACAUCCAUCUCUCCUAACUGUCAUCAAGAAACAGAUACACAUGAAGAUGACCUACAUAUAAAUGACCCAGAAAGGGAAUAUUUGGAAAGACCUUCUAGAGAUCAUCUAUAUCUUCCUCUUGAGCCAUCCUACCGAGAAUCUUCCCUUAGUCCUAGUCCUGCCAGCAGCAUUUCUUCUAGAAGCUGGUUCUCAGAUGCAUCUUCUUGUGAAUCUCUUUCACACAUUUAUGAUGACGUGGACUCAGAGUUGAAUGAAGCUGCUUCCCGGUUUACUCUUGGAUCUCCUCUGACUUCUCCAGGUGGCUCCCCAGGGGGUUGCCCUGGAGAAGAGUCCUGGCAUCAACAGUAUGGACUUGGACACUCCUUGUCACCCAGACAAUCUCCCUGCCAUUCUCCUAGAUCCAGUAUCACUGAUGAAAAUUGGUUGAGUCCCAGGCCAGCCUCAGGACCAUCAUCCAGGCCCACUUCUCCCUGUGGGAAACGGCGGCACUCCAGUGCGGAAGUUUGUUAUGCUGGUUCCCUUUCACCACAUCACUCACCAGUUCCUUCUCCUGGUCACUCGCCUAGAGGAAGUAUAACAGAAGAUACCUGGCUCAGUGCUUCUGUACACAGUGGGUCAGGCCUUGGCCCUGCACUUUUUCCAUUUCAGUACUGUAUAGAGACUGAUAUCCCUUUGAAAACAAGGAAGACUUCCGAAGAUCAAGCUGCCAUACUACCAGGAAAAUUAGAGCUCUGUUCAGAUGAUCAAGGGAGUUUAUCACCAUCCCGGGAGACUUCAAUAGAUGAUAGCCUCGGAUCUCAGUAUCCUUUAAAGAAAGAUUCAUCUGGUGACCAGUUUCUUUCAGUUCCUUCACCUUUUACCUGGAGCAAACCAAAGCCUGGCCACACCCCUAUAUUUCGCACAUCUUCAUUACCUCCACUAGACUGGCCUUUACCAGCUCACUUUGGACAAUGUGAACUGAAAAUAGAAGUGCAACCCAAAACUCAUCAUCGAGCCCAUUAUGAAACUGAAGGUAGCCGAGGGGCAGUCAAAGCAUCUACUGGUGGACAUCCUGUUGUAAAGCUUCUGGGUUACAGUGAAAAGCCAAUAAAUCUACAGAUGUUUAUUGGAACAGCAGAUGAUCGAUAUUUACGACCUCAUGCAUUUUACCAAGUACAUAGAAUCACUGGAAAGACAGUUGCUACUGCAAGUCAAGAGAUAAUAAUCGCCAGCACAAAAGUUCUGGAAAUUCCACUUCUUCCUGAAAAUAAUAUGUCGGCCAGUAUCGACUGUGCAGGUAUUUUAAAGCUACGUAAUUCAGACAUAGAACUUCGAAAAGGAGAAACUGAUAUCGGCAGAAAGAAUACUAGAGUCCGACUUGUAUUUCGUGUACACAUCCCACAACCCAAUGGAAAAGUACUUUCUCUACAAAUAGCUUCUAUACCUGUUGAGUGCUCCCAGCGAUCUGCCCAAGAACUUCCCCAUAUUGAGAAGUACAGUAUCAACAGUUGUUCUGUAAAUGGCGGCCAUGAAAUGAUUGUAACUGGAUGUAAUUUUCUUCCGGAGUCCAAAAUCAUUUUUCUUGAAAAAGGACAAGAUGGACGACCUCAAUGGGAAGUAGAAGGAAAAAUAAUCAGGGAAAAGUGUCAAGGGGCUCAUAUUGUCCUUGAAGUUCCUCCCUAUCAUAACCCAGCAAUCACCACUGCAGUGCAGGUGCACUUCUAUCUUUGCAAUGGCAAGAGGAAAAAAAGCCAGUCUCAACGUUUUACUUACACACCAGUUAUGAUGAAGCAAGAACACAGAGAAGAAAUAGAUUUGACUUCAGUUCCACCUUUGCCUGUGCCUCAUCCUACUCAGACCCAAAGGCCUUCUUCAGAUACAGGGCACCCACAUGAUAGUGUACUCUCACCACAGAGAAGCUUGGUUUGCCCCAUCCAGCAAGCAUAUACAUCCGUUUUAACCUCAUCCCAUCUACCACAGUUGCAGUGUAGGGAUGAAGGAGCAGGUAAAGAACAACAUAUGAUACCUUCUUCAGUUGUGCACCAGCCUUUUCAAGUUACACCAACAUCUCCUGUGAGGUCUUCCUAUCAACCUAUGCAAACUAAUGUUUAUAAUGGACCAACUUGUCUUCCCAUUAAUGCUGGCUCCAAUCAAGAAUUUGAUCCAGUUCUGUUUCAGCAGGAUGCAGCGAUUUCCAGUUUAGUAAGUCUUGGCUGUCAAUCACUGUCAUCAAUGCCAUUUCUUUCUUCAAAUUCAAGCUCAGCAGGACAUCUCUUAGCACAUACACCUCAUUCUGUGCAAACCUCACCUCAUCUUCAGUCAGUGGGAUACCAUUGUUCAAAUACAGCAGCAGGACAAAGAUCUCUUUCUUCUCCAGUAGCAGAUCAAGUCACAGGUCAGCCUUCUCCUCAGUUGCAACCUAUUACAUAUGGUCCUUCACAUUCAAGGUCUGCUACAACAGCUCCCCCAGCAGCCUCUUGUCCUCUGGUUAGUUCAUCACUUUCUGGUCCAUCAUCCCCUCAGCUGCAGACUAUGCCUUACCAAUCUCCUAGCUCAGGAACUGCCUCAUCACCAUCUCCAGCCACCAGAAUUCAUUCUGGACAGCACUCAACUCAAGCACAAAAUACAGGUCAAGGAGGUCUUUCUGCACCUUCAUCCUUAAUAUGUCACAAUUUGUGUGACCCAGCAUCAUUUCCACCUGAUGGGGCAACUGUGAGCAUUAAACCUGAACCUUCUGAAGAUCGAGAACCUAAUUUUGCAACCAUUGGUCUACAGGACAUCACCUUAGAUGAUGUGAACGAGAUAAUUGGGAGAGACAUGUCCCAGAUUUCUGUUUCCCACGGCUCAAGGGUGAACACAGAAGCUCCUCUCCAAGGUUCUGAGUCCCUGGAUUUAGGAAGAUCUGAUGGGCUCUAACAGUGCAAACCUGCAUCCUUAUGCCAGAUCAGCUUCUCAAUACUUCUCUCUCAGACCUUGGGUUUCUAACUCUUUGGCCUUCAGGACCUGUACCAGGAAUUAAACUCAGCCAUUUAUGGAGAAAGCAUCUGUUCACAGAAGAACAGGAGCAGCAUAGGCUGAGUGAUGGAAAAAUGAGUUUUGCAUUUUUUUAUAUUUAAAUAGAAUACUUUUAUAUGACAGGUGCUUUGAGUGUGGAUGCAGCAAGCUCUUCAUUUUAGAGAUGCUGCUUUUGCAGGUGACCUGGUUGAGUAGCUAGAAUUAGUGAUUUAUACUGCUUUCUGGUCAUUUGGAGGCCCUUUAGUUUUGAUAUUUUUAAAAAUAGGAAGUUUUGAUAAUCUUCUAGAGGCAAGCAAAAGGAGAAAAAGUAUCUUAAACCCACACUUAAUGCCUCAGAAACUCAGCAUGUGUCCUGAAGCCUUUCAUAGAUUCAUAGGAAAUAAAGCCAAAUGUAGCUCAUACUCUUUAUAAAAAAGUAAACUUAUUAGAUAAAAUGAGAAGAGACCAUUCCAUCAUUGAAGUGUUGGGAUAUAAAGACAUUCCAGAGCAUAGCCUUUACAUAACUUUCUGGGUAACCUUUCUGCAGUCUCUCCAUGUUACUAAAAUUUUUAUGCUUUUAGGACCUUGUAUAGAUAAGAUGGCUAAUUGUAAAGUGAAUUUGAAAGGUGGAGUUUUAGCUUGGUAGCUUUAAUUUUCUGCCACCCUAAACAGACUUUGGCAUGCUCUUCCUAUUUAUGUCUUCUGACCCCAGAACCUUCUCUUAAGUGGGAGCUUCUGCCUUUGGUUGCGCUGUAAUGUUUGAUGGUUCAAGCAGCUUUGUAGUUCUAAUUAUUCUAUAGAAGACAGGCCAGCUGUGUCAGGAGCUAAGUGUAAAUGAGCUGUGCAUUAAGAUGAGCCGAGAAAAUGCAAGACUCCAGAUGGAAAGGCUUAUCCUCCAUUCUGUUUACAGCCUGAAAUGAUUCUGGCCCACCCUUCCCUGUCUGUGACCUAGAAAGCAGCCUUUUCUUUACAAGGCUGGAGGCACAUCCAAAAAUGAGGUGGUGUCAUGGACCUCACCUUCUACACCAAAGAUGCCCUGGUCCUGCUGCUGGUGAGACUGUAGCCCAGGCAGCAUCCUGCAGAAACUCCAACCUGCUAUCAACCAAAGGAGGUACACAAGUUGGGCACCUACCCUGCCCUUAUCUUCUCCCUCUUAAAGGGAUUUAUUACCUGUUCCUGGGCCUAUUUUUAAGUCCCUGAACUUUACAGUAUGUUUUCAGAUGAAAUAAUGUACUUUCAUUUAUUCAGGAAGAAAAAUUUUUGAGUGCCUACACAUAAGACAGAGUACUUGGGCCGGCUUCAGACAUGACACUGUUACUCCAAGCAAUUACAGACCCUUAGUGCCAGGGCUCUAUUAUGGUCACAUAGGGCCUGAGCCAAGGGCUGGUCUUUGCCCUCCACCUGCAGUCAGCAGGGUAAAAGCUGUUGACCCAGGCUAAGGAAGUUUGGAUUUUUUUGUUGUUUUGUCAUGAUUUGGAUUUCUUCCCUAAAACAAUCUAGAGAACAAUCUAUCCUUCAAUACAUUACUCCGGACUCUCUUGGAGCUAGGUGUUUUAAUUUUUCUUUGAAAGUAAGUUUGUGUUGGUAUGGAUAUAAGAUAAUGCUUCAGGGCCUGUGGUUGGAAUCCCACAGCUUUCUUUGAAGGAUAGAGGGUUAGCCUCCGAGUUAAAGUUCCAGAAACAUGACCAGACUUGUUUCUACCCUCUUUUCCUGGGGCUCUAGAGUACUUGUCUCAUCCUUUGGGGGCUGCUUUGCUCCCCUCAAGAAUAAAAGCCUCUGUGAUCCAGCGUUGCUAUGCACCAAAUUUUGAUGCCUUUUAAAUACCUUGAUGCCUGUAGCACUAGAAAUGCUUUCCUAUUUAAAACAAAAGUUAAAGUAGAGCUUUGUCUACUAUGUAAGCAGUUUUAUAUCCGCUUUGUAAAAGCUUUUGUGUAAGAAUAUUUUUUGGCUUUGUAGAUAAAGACUUUGAAUUUUUUGUGCAACUUAAUGGUUAUAAAGCACACAUCCAUUGGA